CCCUCUCGGGCAGCCACCCCCUCCCUUCCACGCCCCCCACCCUUUCCUCCCAAAAGAAGGGGGUGCAGCGCGAUUUCUGGCUGCCUUGCGUCGCGAGAACCGGUAGACCCGUGCUAAUUUCCUUUCCUUUUCUUUCUUUCUUUCUUCUUAUUUUUUUGGGGGUGGGUGGAGGGUUUAGUUUCUAACGCCUGCAGACUGAGCCACCGCUGUGCGCGCCUGGAAAAUUGCACAAACUACUAGGGGUCCUCUGCACUCCGGAAAGCUGCCUGGGGAUCGCUUCGGGGAACCGGCUCUGCAGCUUCGCACCAUAUUUCUCAUCUAGAUCCACGUUGGAAGAAAGAGGGAGAGAGAAACUCAGAGCGCGGCGAUUCUGCACAUUUUGGAUAACAAAAGGACCCGAGUUGGCUGCGCACCCAGCACCCCCGGAGCCGGGCGCGGAGCAGACGGGGUGCCAGCGGCGCCCAUCUGGGGGCUCCUGACUCUUUCUCCACGUAGCCCCUCUCCUGCCCCCUCCCCUCUUAUCCCCUUUAAAAACCCGCGUCCAGGAGGCGCCCGCGACUCUGCUGUCCAGCGGGGUGUGUGUGUGAGUGUUUGUCGGUCGUGUGCGAUCCCCACACUCAUGAACAUACACAGGUCUACCCCCAUCACAAUAGCGAGAUAUGGGCGAUCGCGGAACAAAACCCAGGAUUUCGAAGAGUUGUCCUCUAUAAGGUCCGCCGAACCCAGCCAGAGUUUCAGCCCGAACCUCGGCUCCCCGAGCCCGCCCGAGACUCCGAACUUGUCGCAUUGCGUGUCUUCCAUCGGGAAAUACUUAUUGUUGGAACCUCUGGAGGGAGACCACGUUUUUCGUGCUGUGCAUUUGCACAGCGGAGAGGAGCUGGUGUGCAAGGUGUUUGAGAUCAGCUGCUACCAAGAGUCUCUGGCCCCGUGCUUCUGCCUGUCGGCCCACAGCAACAUCAACCAGAUCACCGAGAUCCUCCUGGGCGAGACCAAGGCCUACGUGUUCUUCGAGCGGAGCUACGGGGACUUGCACUCUUUUGUCCGCACGUGCAAGAAACUGAGGGAGGAGGAGGCCGCCAGACUGUUCUACCAGAUCGCGUCGGCCGUGGCCCACUGCCACGACGGGGGCCUGGUGCUGCGCGACCUCAAGCUCCGGAAGUUCAUCUUCAAGGACGAAGAGAGGACCCGGGUCAAGCUGGAAAGCUUGGAAGAUGCCUACAUCCUCCGAGGAGAUGAUGAUUCCUUGUCCGACAAGCACGGCUGCCCGGCCUACGUCAGCCCCGAGAUCCUGAACACCAGCGGCAGCUACUCGGGCAAGGCUGCGGACGUGUGGAGCCUGGGCGUGAUGCUGUACACCAUGUUGGUCGGUCGCUACCCUUUCCACGACAUCGAGCCCAGUUCCCUCUUCAGCAAGAUCCGGCGCGGCCAGUUCAACAUUCCAGAGACCCUGUCACCCAAGGCCAAGUGCCUCAUCCGGAGCAUUCUGCGGCGGGAGCCCUCGGAGAGGCUGACCUCGCAGGAAAUUCUGGACCAUCCUUGGUUUGCUACAGAUUUUAGCGUCUCGAAUUCAGGGUAUGGUGCUAAGGAAGUGUCGGACCAGCUGGUGCCGGAUGUCAACAUGGAAGAGAACUUGGACCCUUUCUUUAACUGAGCUCAGUCCCAGGUAGAGACUUAGCAGGUACCAGGAGUGAGAGAGGGCCCCAGAAAGGACAUCUUCCAGGGACAUUCGUGGCCUGGCCAGGCAUUUGCGAGUUUCAUGGUUCACAGUAGGCAGACCUCCAAGGAGCCGAUUAAACGUGUGGUGUGGUGGGGGGUGGGCAUGGGAUCAAGGCUGGGAUCAGACCGAAGAGGUGCCCUAGAGCUUCUCUUCCUUGAUGUAGCCCAGGAGACCCCUCUGCCAAUUGGACCACUUCCGCCUACCCCACUUUUCAUUCUGUUCCAAAAUAGUUGUGGAUCUUUAUAGAAUCAAAACUCUCUGCCUCAAGCACACCUCUUGGCAUUGCACUGUUAGCAUUUAACUUCUUGUUAUGAUUCAGGGAAGGAACAAUUGGCCGAGGAUUUUUUUGUUUUGUUUUGUUUUUAAAAAAACAAGCCAACCACCUAUGUGAUAAUUGAUGGGAUUUGCUUAAAAAAUAAUUCGGUGCACACAGACGGACCUAGAACCUGGGUGCUAAACUAAAAGGAAAAAAAAUCCAGUUGGUGUCUCUUCAUGGCUCUCUUCAACUCAACUUCUAAAUAAACUAUUUAAUGUCCUAAUUAGGCAGUGACGUGUUGAUUGAUGCAUUACUUUCUGAAGGGGGGAAAUGUUUUCUUUAGCAGGCUCUUCUGUUUCAUACCAACUGGUUGGUGUCAGGAAGCUAUUAGAAGUCAAACUUCCAGAGCGUUACUCCUACCAUGGUCUGAAGGAGAAUAAGGGGAAGAAGACAGAAGAGAAAUUCCAGGCCUUGUGGACUUGUUCCCUUCUGAGCAAUGAGGGUUUGAAUUGUGGGCAUUCUUUGCUGAAAUGAUUCGGCUAGCCCAAGAGGCCAGGAAGCUCCUGGAGCCUGAUAUUUUUGCAGACAUUCUGAUCUCGACUAAACAUUUUGUCUUUGUUUUAUGGGAAACUAGUGAAACAGAGCAGGUUGUCCCAUGUGUAUAAAAUACAGGGCAGCUAUUUUGUUUUCUUUACCAAGAAUGAUCCUUUUGGCUUGGAAGGCCCUCUGGUUUGGACAGAAAAAGUGGGAAGAAUAAUAAGCUGAAAGCUAGGGUGAUAUAAAUAAAAACAGUUCUCUAUCCCAAUACGCACCUUUGUAUUUUCAAGAACUCUUCUAUUUAUUAAGGAAAAUGUCACAUUGUGAUGUAUUAAGCCAGUACUUCAAUUACGGGUCGACUUGGGAUGACAUGUUACAUGCUGUAGUUAACAUUUAUAGUUUUUUUUUUUCUUGUUUGAGUAUUUCUGUCCCUGAAAUAACCUAUGAUUUGGCUUUUCUAGAUAGCUUUAUUUGAUUGCGAGUGGCAAAGAUGUUUUUUAUUCCGCUUUUUUUCUGUAUUUUCUAUAUUGCUGUAUGAUACAGAACUCUUUUGGCAUAAAUAUUUGUGUUUCUAGUACCUCAGUUGUUUGGAUCUCACUGCCUGUACAUGUUUUGUGAAACGGUCCUGUUUUUUGGUAGGUAACACGUGGACUCUAGUGUGUAAAUGUUACUUGAAUCUGUGCUUUAUUCUAGUGCGUGGCAUGUAUGUGUGCGGACUCUCUGAUGCCCUGUGCAGCCGGAGCCCCUGUCCCCAGGAGGGCAGUGUCCCUGUUCACAGUCGGGAGACGAGGCGGCCAGGAGAUGCCCUGGAUUCUAUUUUGAUAAUGGAAGACAUAGAGGAGAGUGGUUUUUUACAUUCUGAAGAUGGUGCUGCAUCAAGAAGGACCUUAAUUCUUCCCUCUCCCCUGUUUUUUAAGUAUCUGGUAGGAGGAAAGAUGGAUGACAUGCAUGGUGGGGAUCUAUGGCCUCUGGUGCUUUGUCUUGUAUUUGGUUUAAUGUUUUUGUCCUAAUCUCUUCAAUCAAUAAAAU